AUGUCUGAAAGAGUUAAAGUAGCAGUUCGACUUCGCCCUUUAAUUGAAGAGGAAUUGAUUUGCAAGGACAAAACCAUUUGCGUUGAAACUAUUGAUCCCAAUAAAAAAUUGAUCAUCAGUAAAUAUUUCCAUUUAUUGAUAGUCAAGAAGGAUUUCGAGAAAAGACAAUUUCAAUUUGAUUCAGUUUUUGAUCCAAAGGCUACUUAAAGUUAGGUUUACAAUGAUAUAGCAAGAGGAGUUGUCGGAGUAAACUUAUAAUCUAUAAUCAAUUUAGAGUGUAAUCAAAGGCUUUAAUGGUACCAUAUUUUGUUAUGGUCAAACCGGAACAGGUAAAACGUACACCAUGAUGGGCAAAUUAGACUCCGAUGAGAAGGGAAUCACUCCACGCACUUUUGAAUAAAUAUUUAAUGAAAUUCAAGCAGACACCAAUAACAUUUACACUGUGUAAUUGGGUUAUUUGUAAAUCUACAUGGAGAUGGUAUUGAUUAGAUGAUAACUUAGUUGCUGGAUCUGAUAAGACCUGACAAUUAAGAUGUGAAAAUCAGAGAAUGUCCUGAUAAUGGAGUAUUUGUCUCAGGAUUGGAAUGGAUGGAAGUUGAAUCCCCUUAGGAAUGUCUAAGCAUUAUGAAUUUUGCAGAAAAAAACAAAGUGGUUGCAUUCACUAAUUUAAAUGCCCAUUCCUCCAGGUCUCAUUCGAUGCUUGUAAUCAAAGUAGAGAAGAGAUAAUCUAAAUAACAUUCAAGAUCCAUGACUAUUUCAAAAAAGCCGAGUUCUAAAUUACAAAACUAUUCUCAAGAUAUGAUCACAGAAACUGAUGAAAGUAUAUUACCAUCUGGCAAUUGCGUUGGAACCCUCUAUCUUGUUGAUUUGGCUGGCAGUGAAAGAAUCAAGAAAUCAAGAGCCACAGGGGAUCGACUGAGUGAAGCCAGAUCCAUCAACUAUUCACUUACAGCCUUGGGAAAGUGUAUCCAUGCUCUCACCGGUCCUAAAUCCACAUUUGUUCCAUUUAGAGAUUCCAAAUUAACUCGUAUUCUAUAAGAUGCUCUUGGUGGCAAUUGUAAAACCGCAUUGAUUGUGAACAUUGGUCCAGCUGGUCGACAUGUAGAAGAAACUCUCUCUAGUCUAACCUUUGGAAUGAGAGCUAUGAAGGUUACAAAUACUCCAUAGAUUAAUCAGAAUGUUGAUUAUGAAGUAAAAAUUCAUACCUAUGACCAUAGUAAUUAAGUCUUUAACUCAAAAUGGAAAUUGAAAUGAAGGAUGAGAUCAUUCAGAAACUGGAAUCACAAUAAGUGAAGUUGCUCUAAUAAGUCAGAAUGGAAUCAAGUAACAGCAACCUCAGUAGUUCGGAACAUCAAUACAAAGUUAAAUUAGAAAAAGCAGAAGAAGAACAUAAAGCAUUUCUAGAGGAAAUUGAUAACAUGAUGGUCGAAUAAGAAUAAGAGAAUGAAGAGCUCAAAAAACAAUUGGCACAUGUCAUGUAGGAAUUGGAAGAGUCUAAAAACAGGGAACAAUCUUUAGAAUAAGAAAUUGAGGAGUUUAAGAAUGUCCAAUAGCAAUUAGAGAACGAAUUAGAGGAGGUUUUAACAAAUGUAAUUUACUGUUAUUAAUGUAAUAGAAAAAUGAAUUUGCAGAUACUAUCAAUCAGUUACAAUAGAAGUUAGAAAUGAAGGAGAGAGAAAUUUAAGAAUUAAAAUAGACUACUGUUUUAUCCACCAAAAAUAAUGAUAUCAUUAAAAUAUCUAAGGAAAAGUAAAAUUAGAUGUGGAGAUCCGAAUUAUAAUAGAUAACUUCCCAAUAUGCCAAUAAAUUAGAAGAAGUAAAAAGAUUGGAGUUUUAAUAAUAAGAAAAAGAGAACAAUAAUAUAGCAGAAUAUAGAUAACGAAACGAAGAACUUUGCUUAUAGGUUAAAUAAUACAAAUAUGAAUUAUCUUAAUGGAAAGAAUAAGAGUAAUAAUUAAUAUAGAGCAAUCUACAACUUGAUGAAUGUUUGCAACAAUAAAAGGAACAUUUCUAAAUGGAGUAAUCUAAACUAUUAACUUAAAUUAAAGAUCUUGAAUCUGCCAAUAGUGAAAUUACAAGAAGGUUAGAAUAAUAUGAAAUCAAAUUAAAAAAAUAAAAAGAUCAAUAAUAAUAGAAUGAAUUUGCCUAUCAACAAGAAUUAGAGACUAAGAAUGAACAUCUCAACAAAAUUUAAGGAGAAUAUUUUGAAAUUUAAAAAUAGAUUACUCUGAUUAAGGAAUAAUACUCUACGAUUCAAACUAUUAAUUAACAAAAAGUUAAGUAACUGACUAAUGAAAAUCAACUGCUUAUCAACAAAAAUGCUGACUAUUAAUUAUAAGUCUAAUAAUUGAUUGAAAAAAAUAAUGAACUUUUAAUGUAAGUUUAAUAAAGUAAAAGCUCGCAAUAUCACAACUACAAUCAAGGUUUAAAUAAUUCUAAAGUUGAGUACUAAACUAACUAAUCCUAUGUAAAUGAACAAAAUUUCGAUAUCGAAUUGAAAAAAUCAAUUACUGUUUCUGGUGUCAACGAGGGGCAAAUCGUUUUUGAAUUGCAAAUGCGAAUUCAAUAAUUAGAAGAUUACAUCGAUUCAUUAUAAUCUUAGUUAAAACUAAAAGAGAACAUCACAGAAGAGUUAUAGAUAAGGUGUUCUUAGUAGUAGAAGGAAGCAGAUUAACUAAAAUUUUAAAUGGAAUCAUUCUCCAGGAGAUCUUAGUAAUCUUUGUAAAGAAUGGAAGAAACUAUGUGUUAAGAAGUAGUUAGAAGUGUUUUAGAAAAGAUGAUAUUUUAAGUAGAACUGAAUUCUUUUGAAUCAGAUGAUAUAAGUAGUCGUGCUCCUGAUAGUGAUUUGAAGCUUCAGAUGAAAUCAUUUUCUAAAUAAGAAAAUGCUUAAUUAGUUGAGAGUCUAUUUAUAAAUUCUAGAUAAAGCUAACACAAUGCAAUAGUGGAAUGUGAUGAAGAAGAGGAUAAUUCAUCAGAAAUAGAUUAUUAAUUACCUAAAUUUAGCCAAUCUGGUAAGAAGAUCUAGUAAAAAUUGAGGAUGUCAAAAAGUAGACAGGAUUCUGUAUUCUCCUUUAGUGAAAAGUAAUAAAAGAAAGAUGCUGUGUCUCUUUAUGAUGAUUUAAGUGAAAUCAACUAAUAGUUUGAUGUACAAAGCCCAAGAUCACAAUUAGAUGAGAUUCAAUUUUAAAUUGAUUUUAAUGAUGCCAAUGCAGUAGAUAAAUUCAUGUCUUAAAUAAAGUAAAAACAAGUGUCUCUAAUUCAAAAUAAUGACUUAUCUGUAGGUUCAAUAUAAUAAGCCCAUAGUCCUUAGUACUUAGACAGUUUAAGUGAGAAGAAAGCGAAAUUAAAUUCAAGGUAAAUUUAGUAUUGAUGAUAGGAUUGGCAAUGAAGAAUUAUAAGAAGUCAUUAAAGUGAUGGCGUAAAUGUUAGUUGAAAAAAGUAAGACUGAAUAAACAGUGACUAAUAAUACUUUGGAAACCUUAAGAGCUUCCUUAUUAGAUUUUAAUAAUUUGUGCAAUACACUAACAACAUACUUUUUGUGA